UUCUGUGUGGUUGUCAGUUGAUGAAUGCGUUAGACGACGUUGUAUUCUGAAAACGCUGCUGCACGCUCACGCAUUGUGGGCCAAACCAAGCUUAGCUAGCGAGACAGACUGUGUGCGUAAUCGAAAAGCGUGUGUGCGUCGUUUCGUGAUACACAAAGGAGACGAGUAAGGAAGGUAUAAUUGAUCUGUUGUAGUUUGAUCAUAUAAAUACACGCUCAAACAUGACUUCCAUACCAAAAACGUUCAAGGAGAAACGCUCAUUUGAUCUACGGGUGAAAGAUGUGAAGAUGAUACGUGAAAAGCAUCCUACUAAGAUACCCAUCGUCGUUGAGAGAUAUUGCAGUGAAAAACAGCUGCCGCUACUCAACAAGACAAAGUUUCUCGUACCCGACUAUUUGACUGUUACCGAGUUAGUUAAAAUUAUUAGGAGGAGGCUACAGCUUCAUCCACAUCAAGCAUUUUAUUUACUCAUUAAUCAAAGGAGCAUUGCUAGUGGCUGUACAACUAUGGCCCAACUCUAUGAAAGAGAAAAAGACGAGGAUGGCUUUUUAUAUAUAGUAUUUGCCAGUCAGGAUGUAUUUGGUUAACAAGAUAUAUGUAUGUAUUUGAUAAGGCAAGCGAUUAAUUUGCCUUCUGUGUUGUGCAAGAAAACGAAAAUUAAGGAUUAAAUGCAAG